AUGUUGGCGACCGGGGAAGAAUGCAACUCAGAUAUACCAGCGGCUGUUGGAUUAUUACAGAUUUCUGAAGAAAACAAGGGGGAUGAGCUAGAAGAUUUGUUUGCAACAGGGGAACCCGAUGCAAAAUCGGGCCUCUCUAUAUUGGGUCGACGAUCAUUCAUCGACGAUAUACUGGUUCCGGCCGAAUCGUGGGACUUAUUAUGCCAGAAAGUGGAGCGGCUGCUAGACGUGUGUGACUAUUGGAAUUUGUCGAUCAGUGCCGUCAAGAGUACAUGGGGAUGUCGGAAGGUCGAGUAUCUUGGACAUCGAGUUUCCAAGGAGGGACUAGAGGCCCACCCAAAAGAUCUUUAG